UGCUCAAUGGCAAGACCCCGUUCAUUAACGUUUGUGAACAGUUGGUGAAAGGACCGCGCGCGACUCGGCACUCUGCCAAGAAGUGUUUUUUUCUACUUUAAUUGUGUGUGUGUGUGUGAUUGUGCUCAAUUGAAUUUUCUGGUGUGAAUACACCUACCAAGCAAACGGAAAGCUUCCGGUGCCCAGAUAUUUGGGGCAGUCUUCUAUCAAAAAAAAAACGCCACCACACCGGAAACCACCUACAGUAUCAAAUUUUUGCCAACUAGGCAGUACGCUACUUCCGGUUGAAAUAGACGACAGCGAGCAAAGCUACAUCGGUGGGUUGAGGGCUGGCAACUCUCAACUCGAUUCGGGGCGUUAUCUAAAGCGUUAAAAUUUCAUUAGAAUUAAACGGUGAAUUUAUCUCACUAUCCCGAUGGCACAAACAACUGAGUUCGUCAACGAAUGCCGUUCAUGGCGAGAAAUUCUAUCGGCGAAGUCGUCCGUCGGCCGCGGUGCCGUCGGACGACCAGCGGGGGGAAGAAACGAUUUGCUUUUACGGAGGCCUAGUUCACCGAAGCAAUCGGAACAACUUGUCGUCGCUGGAGGAGUCACCGCUCGAUUUGCUGUCACCGGCGCACACGCCGGACGGCGAUCUCGGGAAAGAGCUGCUGUUACCGGCGGUCGGUACGGCCGUACCGGAGCUGGUGGAUACGCUCGCGGACGACGAAACGGCGACGUCCUGGAUGAAUACGACCACGAUGCUGGAGAGCUGUUCGCCCACACCGUCCGGACCACCGGUGGAACACGCGCCCUGGUGGUCGGCACACAGCGACAGCCUGUUUCCGGAGGUGGAGGAGGACGAUUGCGACGUGCGGGCGCUGGUGCCCGGGAAGGGCCGGGUGGACGUGGAGCGGAACCGCGCUACAACAGGUGAACGGUUCCUGGGGGAUGCGCGAAAAACAGCAGCGGAUGCCUGCCGGAUUGAAUUUGACACAACUGCAAGUUUCAGUGGUGCAGAAGAAAGCGUAACUGUACACGACGUAUGUAAUAAGACCAUCAGAAGCAGCAGCAGCAGCAGCAGAAACGACAGUAACCGCGGCUGCAGCGGCCAGUUUUCUAGCGGAGCACGAAGCCAUGUGGCCUCGGGUAGCUGCAACGGUAGUGGGACCGUUGCAGCCGCUUCUUCCUCCGGUGCGACUGUUGCUAUCCUCGGGCAGCAACAGCAGCAACACCAGACAAACUCCUCCAAGAAACCGUGUGACUACAGUAGCAUUAGCGUUAGCAGUAGCAGUAAUAGUAAUAGAGGUGGGCCCGGCAUUAACAGCGCGUCCGGUAGCAGGCCAUUCGUGGCCCCCAUCUCACCAACACUAGCGGCAGCAGGCACAGGUGACCACGCGAUGGUCACCGCACCGACGUCAGCCCUACCGGACAUUGACUGGACGAACGAGACCUGUCUUGCGGGCGGACUCGACUUUACCAACACCAUCGUAGACGAUCCGCGCCACCUGUGGCUAAACUCACCGACCACCAGCAGCAGCGGUAGCAACAUCACCGAUACCGAGCUCGAGCGCAGCCUGGACGAGUAUCACCGUACCGCCAGGGGACAGUCGAAACCGAUCGAGACGAGCAUUGACUGUGCGAACCUGCUCGACGAACUGCACGUGGAACUCUCCGAACCGCCCGUCACAAUCAGCCCGACCGUUUCGCUACACGAAGAGAUCGAACAGCUAUCCAGUGCGUUCGACUGUGACGCAUCCAACCAUCUUGUGUCGACCACAGUACCGGCGAUCGCCACGCUACCAUUCCUUGGGCUGCCCGUCGACGGUACCGAACCGAUACCGCUCAACUUUUUCAAGUGGCUACAGGAAGACAUAUCAUCCAUCAACGUACCGGCACGCCCGGAACUUCGUUCCGCCUCGUCAGAAGUUAUCGAAAGUCUACUCACCGGUACCAGUGAUGCGACCGCACACUUCUACAAACCUGGACAAGAAAUCUCAACCACCGCACAUAGUACGAGCGAUAGCUCGUUCGAGCAGAGUCUCGAUCAGAUACACAACAUCAACGGUUUGACGCGCGAUGUCAGUAGCAAAACGACGACAAUAACGGGCAGACGACACGGUAAUUGCACUACUGCAACCGCUAGCUCUACUACUACUGCAACAACGACGACGACGACAACAACUUUAACGAUACCUAACACGGCAAAUCAUUCACAACGCGAUCACAACUACUACGCCAUGAAGCGACGCAUGCAGGAAGAAGACAUUGGCCAGGAGGGUACACCUACGAAAGUGUCCAAACUGAAUCAACCCAUCGGCAAUAGCUGGACAAUGCAUGAUGAGAAAUUCUCAACACCUUCCACACCCGGUCAACCGGCUACAGCAAGCAGCAGUGACAGUUGCAAACAACACUCGCACACCAAACAGCCUGCUGUCAAUACAACUACUGCUGUUGGCAGGAUGGAAAGAAAGCUUUCCCUUGCCAGUCGCAAAGCACCAACACUUGCUGUAAAUGUAACACCGAGGAUAAACCUGCCUGCCGCUGCUUCAUUGGGAGUAGUAGGACAGCAUCAACCAUCGUCCACCAUUAGUGGACAGACUUUAGCAGCAGCAGCAGCACUGCUGCCAGCCAACAUUCUGACCAGUACAGCAACAACUACUACUACGUCAACGACCACCACUACCCACGAGCCGCUACGCAUACCAUCGCAGGCAGCCACACUCAACACACCGGACCUGACUAACGACAUUUUGGAUUUGGAAGAUGAAAAGUUUGAUCUUCUGUCAUUCAUCGACACCAAUGACGAAGCGUUAGGAUUUAGCUCUUACCCUGCAACGGUAGAGGAGAAACCCACAUUAGAUCUACUACCUUCCCCGUCCGCCACAUACACGGAACGUCACAAGACAUCCGCAGACCAUGGCGAACGGUCACGUACCUUGUCCUCCUCCACGAGAGCAACACCCGGCACCAGCAGUAGCAAGGGUGAUACCAAGAAGCAAAUCUACCAGCUGCUAACACUGGACAACCUUUGUCAGCUGACGAGCGAUUCAGACGACAGCAGGUCCCGUGCCGCCACCACUACCGGUGGUCGGCGCACCAACACUAGCAGCGCAUGCAGUAUCGGGUCCCGCUCGUCCGCAUCGUCCGUGUGCGGUGACUCCAGCUCGGAUAUAUCGUCCGGCAACAAGGCACCGAAGCGCCGUGGUCGUCCACCGAAGGUGGCCGGUACGGUGCGCGAUCGCUCCCAGUACCAGCAUCUGAGCGAGGCCGACUGGCGUUACCGUGAGCAGCGCGAUAAGAACAACGAAGCGUCACGGAAAUCCCGCAUCAACCGGAAGGACCGCGAGAUGAAGCUCGAGAUGGAGGCGGACCAGUUGAGCGCCCAGCAUCAAAAGCUCUCAUACGAGGAGCGUCGCCUGCAGCAGGACUGCCAACGGUGGCGCAAGGCGGUAAUGAAACUGGCACUGCUGUAAACAUCCCCAUGCUCUCCCCUUACUCCUCUACCCCUCUACCCACGUUGACUUGCUAGGCGCGUAGAGUGUUUUAGUGUGUAAGACAUUUUGUGGAUUUUAUGUAACUACUGCUGAUUUUAACACUAACCUUAGGACGAACACAUGUAUGUGUUUAUAGCGAUAUAUAACUGCACACUAUAUAUUCGAGCGAGCAUGAUGAUACACUCUAUAAAUGUUGAUUUCUAAGCUGCUCAGAAUGCAGACUUCGGUCGAUAUCGACAUUCGUAUCGAUGUGACUACAAUUUCUUCUUCUAGGCGUAACGACCAACUAGGUCAUGCCUGCUAUAACUGGCUAAAUUAGACUUAACAAAACUUGUUCGUGUUCAGCCACCCUCACCGAAGCGAAGUUUUUAUAACAAAUUUUAUUCUUUUGUUUCUCCCGUACUCAUUGGAGGAUUGGAGACCAAUCUGUUGUACUGUCGAAAACAAAACUAUGUGUUGAUUAAUAUUAUAUACGUUAUUACAUUAUCAUUGCAAUUGCGAUUUUAAACAUUGAUUUCUUUU